AUGCCUGUGUGGCUGUCAUGGCUUCACUAUCUGUCGUUCUUUAACUACGGCUAUGAGGCGUUGGCGGUCAACGAACUCGACGGACUGUUCCUGUCAGGCAACGUCUACGGGGACGUCUCGGCUGACAAUAUUAACUCGACUGAGAUUCUGAUUAAACUUGGGCUACUACCAAGUAGCUAUCUGUUUGAUCUGUGUGCAUUGACUGGUGCCGUUGCUCUGCUCAUAGCCUUGGGCUAUUUGGCGCUUAGAGGAUAUGCGAAGUAGUGGCUCUGGCCACCUAAUGAAAUAAAACGUAUACGUGCGCA